AAAUCGCGAAAUUGUGACCCCCACCUAGGGCACCGUCUGUCCACUUAUUGCACCCUUCGGUUUGUUUCCUACUUGCAGAGCAGAAACCGCUACGCGAUGAAUGUCGCGUACUUCAAGCAGCUUUCCGGAGACGAUCACUGCCAAAUCAGCUUUCGCCUGAAUGCCGAGCGCUAUAAUAUCGAUAAAGUGUUCAACUUCAAUCGCAGCUCGGCUGAACAAAUUGAUACCUCUCUGGAACGGAUGCGUCAGAACAUCGAGAAAGAGCUGCAGAAACGGCACAAACGAAAAAAGAACAAAAAUACCGCCACACCGGCGCAGUCGGAGGACCCCCCGGUGGAGCUACCUCCGGUGCAGGUGAACAUCGGGACGCGGGAGGCAAAGUUUACGGGCAUUACAGUCGCCGAGAUGCUGGCCCGUAUCGGCCAGAACCCGGACGUGUUUCUGACGGUGCUCGAGAAUGAGUUUCGAAUCGUGUACAACAAACCGGAGGUGCACGCUCUCGUGCUACCGUCGUCGAUGAUGGCAGAUUUCUACGUGUACCCUUCCAAGCUGGAACUACACUUUGCGACGCGCUCCGAGAGCGACUACCGAUGGUACCGAGGGUUACCACCGGUAAGCAACGGCGAGCAGAUCGUGUGGGAAGAGGUCGGCCAAGAGUUUACCUACCUAGUACCGAACCGUGACGUGGGCUACUAUCUGAAGUUUGUUUGCACGCCAAAGAGUGGCGAUCAAACCGGCCCGGACGCGGUGAAAGUGACGGAUCAAACGGUGCAGGCUGGUCCGGGUCAGUGCCCGUUCGAGGUGCGACACUUGUUCACGCAGCAAAAACUAACCGGGGGUCAGUUCCGCGUCGUUUCCUACAAUCUGCUCGCAGACGUGUACGCUGACUCCGACUACAGCCGCAACGUCCUGUUUGCAUACUGUGUGCCGUACGCUCUGGCGCUUGACUAUCGUAAGCAAUUGUUCGUCAAGGAGCUGGUCGGCUACCAAGCCGAUCUCCUGUGUCUGCAGGAGGUAGACGGAAAGGUCUUCGAGCUGGAUUUGAUGCCGAUCCUUCGGCAAAACCGGUAUGUUGGCCACUAUCAAGCAAAGUGCAGGGUAGCCGAAGGUUUGGCGACGUUUUACGACACCGAAAAGUUUGAGCUCGUCGAAAAGCACGGCGUGAUUAUCAGUAACAUCAUGAAAGAGUUUCCCGAACUGUGGGAUCAGAUUAAAGGGAACGAACCGCUUGUGAAACGCAUUUCGCACCGCUCGACCGCCCUGCAGGUGACGCUACUUCAGUCAAAGCACGACCGCAACAAGCACCUACUGGUCGCCAAUACUCAUCUUUACUUUCACCCGGACGCCGAUCACAUUCGGUUGCUGCAGUUCGGGUUUGCGAUGCUGUACGUCCGCCGGCAAUACGAACGUAUCUUGGGCGGAGACCGCCUGUCGGCCGACGAUGUGGCUCUGCUAUUUUGUGGUGACUUUAAUUCCGAUCCCGAGAGUGGAAUUUAUAAGCUCAUGAUCGAACGCUUCGUUGGACCGGACAUGCCGGACUGGCAAAGUAACGAACUCGAGGCGGUGCAGAAUGUUUCACUCGCUCAACCGUUCCAAAUGGGUUCGGCCUGCGGGUGUCCGAAGUUUACGAACUAUACGCUCGGGUUCACUGAGUGCAUCGACUACAUCUUCUUUCAAACCAGCUUGUUGCGGGUGCUGCCCGACGCGGUGCCAAUGCCGAGUGAAGAGGAGCUGACCGUAUACGAAGCAAUACCAUCGCCCGUCUUCCCAUCAGAUCACAUAGCACUGGUCACAAACCUUGAGUGGACACGGUGUGACGAAUGAAAAUCCUAUUUUCCGUUAUUAUUUCGUUAGUAAAAAACUUGCGAUUGAACAUGAAAUCGCUCCCCAUAAGCUUUGCUCUUUAUUUAUAGGUUUUUUUCCUACGUUUCUUCUACAUGGUCACUUU